GUGCCGGCAGCUACCUGUACCAAGGAUAGUGGACUGAGGCUGGAAGAAGCAUGGAUGAAUUCUUUUUCCAUGAGUAAGUCAGGUCUGUUAAGAUCCCCUGACCAUGCACAUCUCAGGAUCAAUCCCCAAAGGCAAAGGGCUAGUGGGAUGCUCUGCUUUUUUCUUUUUCUGGAGAAGCCAUACAUCUGUUUAGGACACUUUCAUCAGGAUUGACAUUUUGGGAUGCCUGCUUUGGAUCUAACAGAGAACAGCCAUGCAACCAGAAAAAGUACCAUGAAUCGCAAGACUGUAUCCACACUGAACGAAGUAUUUGAUACCUUCAGGAUUGUUUUCAAUGAGAAGAGCAAUGAUACAUAUCUCAGAAACUUACGGCAAAUAUCUAAAAUCAACAAAAUGGGUGUUGUUCAAAUUGCAAUGGAAAGAACAGCAUGCACAAAGGCUGAAUCUGACUUUGACAAAUGUUUUCUCCAUAAACAGUUCAUUCAGAUAAGGGAGAGGCGUGGAAAAACAUCAUACCUUAUAUUGAGUCCUGAAAAAUUGACAUGCAAUAAGUUCCUGUCUAAGUUGGCCAACUGUCCCUUCACUGAACAGGUACAUCAGCAGAAGAUAUAA